AUGACUAGAGUCCAGACCUGCCCAAACUCAGUGUCGGCCGCGAGGUUGUUCCUCCAGGUUGCCGCUCAGAGGACCUCGCCGCCGCGCUUCUUCGACAUCUUCCUGCCGGCCUCAACCAUUCGCUACUUUGCCACCAACACCAACACCAUCAACAACACGGCCGCAACGCGCCGGCAGCUGAGCACCGGGGGUCUUCGCCAAACACCUCCGCACCAGCUGCAGCGGCCCCGCGGCUUCGGUCACCGGAGAAGACAGCACCAGCACCUGCCGCCGGCGCCACCGCCCACUCCGACGCUGGAGGGUAUCUUGCCGCUGGUGGCCGGCCGGCGCCAGUUUUCUGCCACGGCAACGACCCGGGCCCACGAGACCAAGACUCUGUACAACCCGCAGGUUGACGAGGAUGGCAACGAGAUGAGGUUGGAGAUAACGCCCCGAGCGGCUGAGCGCCUAUCCCAAAUCAUGACCAAGGACAAGAACCCCCGGCUCGCCCUGCGCAUUCAGGUCGAAAGCGGCGGCUGCCACGGCUUCCAGUACCUGAUGCGACUCGUCACCCUGCCGCCGACCUUGCCCACUGCGGCAGCCCCAGAGGCUUCGUCUGAGGGGGAGCAACAGUCGGUCGUCGGGGAGGACGAUACCAUAUUCUACUAUGCUCGGGACUCGGGUGCCGAUCCGCUCGCCGAACCCAAGAUCAUCCUGGAUCAGCCGUCGCUGGAGCUGCUCAAGGGCAGCAAGGUCGAUUUCACCAUGGAGCUGAUAGGAUCCCAGUUCAAGAUUGUAGACAAUCCUCUGGCGACGAGCAGCUGUGGUUGCGGCACCAGCUUUGAUGUAAAGAUAUAG